AUGGGUGAUUUUGAUUGUGGAAGGAUUCGAAACAUAUGCAUUCUUGCACAUGUCGAUCAUGGCAAGACUACUCUUGCUGAUCACCUGAUUGCUUCCUAUGGGGGUGGAGUACUCCACCCUAAGCAAGCAGGUAGGCUUAGGUUUAUGGAUUAUUUGGAUGAAGAGCAGAGGCGGGCAAUAACAAUGAAAAGCUCUUCUAUUGCUCUUCGGUACAAGGAGCAUGCGAUAAAUUUGAUAGACUCUCCAGGUCACAUGGAUUUUUGUAGUGAGGUCUCCACUGCUGCUCGGUUGAGUGAUGGAGCUUUGAUUUUAGUGGAUGCUGUCGAAGGUGUUCACAUUCAAACCCACGCGGUCAUGCGCCAAGCUUGGAUUGAGAAGCUUACACCAUGUUUGGUUCUAAAUAAGAUUGAUAGGCUGAUUUGUGAAUUGAAGCUGAGUCCUCUGGAGGCAUAUAGUCGGCUGCAAAGGAUUGUUCAUGAGGUUAAUGGGAUCAUGAGUGCAUACAAGUCUGAGAAGUACUUAUCAGACGUUGAUUCAAUUCUUGCUGGACCAUCAAGUGAGGUGGGUGAUGAAAAUCAUGAGUUUAUAGAGGAUGAUGAGGAAGAUACAUUCCAACCGCAGAAAGGGAAUGUUGCUUUUGUAUGUGCAUUGGAUGGUUGGGGUUUUGGUAUUGGUGAAUUCGCAGAAUUUUAUGCUUCUAAGCUUGGUGCAAGUUCAGUUGCUUUGCAAAAGGCAUUAUGGGGUCCUCGGUAUUUCAACCCCAAGACUAAGAUGAUUGUGGGCAAGAAGGGAAUCAGUGGGGGAAGUAAGGCUCGGCCUAUGUUUGUGCAAUUUGUGCUUGAGCCACUUUGGCAGGUUUAUCAGGCUGCUGUGGAUGAAGAUGGGGACAAAGGAGUGCUCAAGAAAGUUAUUAAAUCAUUUAAUCUGUCUAUACCUCCUCGUGAACUUCAUAACAAGGACCCAAAAUCUGUGCUUCAAGCUGUCAUGAGCCGGUGGCUUCCAUUGUCAGAUACAAUUUUGUCUAUGGUUGUCAAAUGUAUACCUGACCCAAUUGCUGCCCAGUCUUCUCGGAUAUCACGUUUGCUGCCAAUCAGAGAAAUUGUGGAUGAUGGGGUUAGCUCUGAUGUGAUCACUGAGGCGGAACUUGUGAGAAAAUCUAUUGAGGUUUGUGAUUCCAGCCCUGAAGCACCAUGUGUUGCUUUUGUGUCUAAGAUGUUUGCUGUUCCAUUGAAAAUGCUGCCAAAAAGGGGCUUAAAUGGAGAGAUUUUACAGAAUUCUACAGAUGACGGUGGAAAUUGUGAGUCAGAUGAGUGCUUCCUUGCAUUUGCAAGAAUUUUUAGUGGGGUUAUUUGCUCAGGGCAGAUGGUCUUUGUGCUUUCUGCUCUAUAUGAUCCAUUGAAAGGGGAAUCAAUGCAGAAGCACCUGCAGCAAGCUGAGUUGCAUUCCUUGUAUCUUAUGAUGGGUCAAGGCUUGAAACCAGUAGCCUCUGCAAAGGCUGGGAAUGUUGUUGCUAUUCGAGGCCUUGGCCAGCAUGUAUUGAAAAGUGCAACUCUUUCAUCUACAAAGAACUGUUGGCCUUUCUCGAGUAUGGUUUUCCAGGUUGCACCCACUCUAAAAGUUGCCAUUGAGCCUUCUGAUCCAGCUGACAUGGGAGCACUCAUGAAAGGGUUGAGGCUUUUGAACCGUGCUGAUCCAUUUGUAGAAGUCACUGUUUCUUCUAGGGGCGAGCAUGUGCUUGCUGCUGCAGGUGAAGUUCAUCUUGAGAGAUGCAUUAAGGAUUUGAAGGAGAGAUUUGCAAAGAUUAGCCUGGAAGUCUCUGAACCCCUUGUGUCUUAUAAAGAGACUAUUGAGGGUGAGGGAAUAAAUCCAUUAGAGAAUCAAAAGUGGUUAAAUGGGAGCUCAGACUUUGUGGAGAAAACAACACCCAAUGGAAGGUUUGUUGUUCGAGUGCAGGUCAUGAAGCUUCCAACCGCGCUAACUAAGCUGGUUGAUGAAAGUUCUGAUCUUCUUGGAGAUAUUAUAGGUGGUAAACCAAGGGAGACUUGUAAAAGCUUAGAAAUACAGAGGGGUAGCAUCUUGGAAGAUGAUGAUCCAGUUGAAGGGCUUAAAAAACGCAUGAUGGAUGCUGCAUUGAGUGAUAAUCUGGCUGGGAAUGAAGAGUUAGACACAGAAUGGGCUGAGAAAUGCAAAGUAUUGUGGCAGAAAUUUUUUAAGAGGAUCUGGGCAUUGGGGCCUCGACAGGUUGGUCCAAACAUCCUCCUCGUGCCGGACUCAGAAGGAAAGAUUACUGAUUCUUCUCUUCUUAUUCGGGGCUCCCCUUAUGUAUCUGAGAGAUUAGGUUUCGUGGAUGCAUCCAGCAUUGAUUAUGCAGCAGCUGAGGCAUCAUCCGUAGCACCUCAACCCUUGUACCAGGAAGCAGAGAGUAGUGUUGUGUCUGGAUUUCAAUUAGCUACAGCAGCUGGCCCUUUGUGUGAGGAACCUAUGUGGGGCAUGGCAUUUGUUGUUGACGCUUAUAUUUCGCCAUUGGUUGGGCAAUUAGAUGAAUCUGAAACUUCUCAUCGGCAACAGGAUCAAUAUGGCAUCUUCACUGGACAAGUUAUGACAGCUGUCAAGGAUGCCUGCAGGGCAGCUGUACUUCAGAAGAAACCUCGGCUUGUGGAAGCCAUGUAUUUCUGUGAAUUGAACACCCCUACUGAAUAUUUGGGCCCUAUGUAUGCAGUGCUUGCUCGGAGGAGGGCCCGAAUCUUGAAGGAAGAAAUGCAGGAAGGGUCUCCUUUGUUCACUGUGCAUGCUUAUGUGCCAGUUGCAGAAAGCUUUGGGUUUGGAGAUGAGCUGAGGAGAUGGACUUCUGGGGCAUCAAGUGCUCUUCUUGUUCUCAGCCAUUGGGAAGUACUUCCUCAUGAUCCUUUCUUUGUGCCCAAAACAGAAGAGGAGAUAGAAGAGUUUGGAGAUGGUUCUGGUGUCCCAGUGAAUACAGCAAGAAAACUCAUUGAUGCAGUGAGACGGCGGAAAGGCCUUCCUGUGGAGGAAAAAGUUGUCCAACAUGCAACAAAACAGAGGACCUUGGCUCGUAAGGUCUAGAAGCUGCUAAUCCAGUAAAUUGUGAGCAUAUACAUCUCUUUUUCAUUUUAGGCAAUAGGAUAGAGACCAAAACAUCUGUCACUCUUUAGCAUGAGUUGAAGUUUGGUAUCUUUUUCUUCUUCAAUUUAAGGCAGUCUGGUUACAAAUGGUUCUGAAGCAAAGAAAUGAUUAGGCUCUUUUGAGUUCUCUAUUGAUGUAUGAACAAACUUCUUG